AUGAAUAACGUAGAAUCCCAAAUGGAGAAUGGACUCUUAGUUGUCCGAGAGAUUAAACCCAAACAGCGUUUCUGCCACUGGCUCGGAAUCUGCUCCUUCGUCCUCUUAUUGGUGGCCACCGUCAUCUUGGCCCUUCUGCAUUUCGAGAUUAUCCCAAGACCUGCAAAGAAGGUGUGUGUCGCUUAGGAUGGCAUGAUGGGUGUGGGAGGGCAGGCAGUGGCAUUUCUUAAAUACAGCUGAAGGCUUGGAGCAGCAUGCCCAGUGCAGGCAACAGUCAGGGGCAGUGUCACCAAGUGUCACUGAACACUGAGCAACUAAAUAGUGACUAUACAGCUGUUGCAGACUACAUUGCCCACAAUGCACAGCUGAAGUGCAAACAUUUAACCAUUGCUUUGCUGUGUUGUAGUCAUGAAUGCCAGAGCUGUUGUUUAGUAAUGAAUAUGUUAUUGUGCUUUGGCCAAACAGGUUUGUUAAGUUUUAAUUUUAAGUCAUAUUCCCAAUACUGCAAAGAUAAUUACUUACGGUUAGAACGAUGAGUGUGUUUAAGUGGGUGUGUUUGUGUGUGAGAGAGUGUGCAUUUUAAGCACAAAUGAUUGUUUUGUUUUUACAGUAAACCUCCUGUAGCUAAUUGACCGACUCUCUUUUUUUUCAGAAUGAAUUUGAAAUGCCAGAGUUUGUGGGCAUCAAGACAUUUUUAGGUAAGUUUAACUGAGCUUAAAUGUCACUGUUUGCUAUUGUUUGUUACUGUAUCAGGGUUAUAGAGAGGGAAUGGGGACAUACGGUUUAAUACUGAGGAUCUUACACUCACUUCUCAAUUCCUCUUUGUUUUUUUAGAUUCUGUUCCACAAGAAGCUGAGGCACAGACAAGAGUGGCAAACAAGCUGGCCGCCCAUUUGACCGGUAAGAAAAAUAAUUUUCAAAGAUUUGCUCAUUCAUUGAAUUUUUAUUUGCAUCUUUUCUCAACUUGCAGUCUCUUUCCCUUUGCUCACUUCUUUGUUUCCAUAUUUUACAGGUGUUAGAAGCAAAAAUGAGAUCUCCUGGAAAGGGGAGUCCCAAAAUUCCUUUUUGGAGAAUGAGAUGAAGCUUAAAAAUAAUGCCCUGGUAAUUCCAAAGGAUGGGCUGUACUUCGUAUACACACAAGUCAUCUUCACCGGCUUAUCUUGCGUAGACACAAAUGCUAUCCAGCUGACACACAAAGUCAAUAAAUACAGUGACUCAGAAGGAGACGCUUCGCCCAUUCUCACAUCAACUAAAACAGCCUGUGAGGUACAAUCUAAAUCCGCUUGGUUCCAUCCUAUAUACCAAGGUGGAAUUUUUCAGCUUGACAAAGGAGACGUGCUCUCCACUUCAACCACCGACAUUAAAUAUGUUGAUACAAAUAAUGGGAAGACCUACUUUGGUAUUUUGGCUAUAUAAGAAGAUACAAGGUUUGAAUACACCAGCCAAUGUUUCAUCAUGGUCAGCGGCAUUUGAAAAUACAGGAAAUGGCAAGCCUGGUUCUAGAAGGUUGACGUGGUAGAUGUCAACAAUACGUCUUGGACUUACAAAGCUCUAAAACUGUAGUUUAUAGCUAUUUUCCAUAAUAUUUAUGGGAAUUACAACUUCUACAUCCUCGAUGAUCUACUUAGAAAGCAAAGCUGGUGGAAGGUUUGCCAUAGUAUUUUUUCGAUGGAUCGGUUAUCGGAUGCCCAAAGAUCACACACAUGGACAUCCAGAUUGGAACGUCUUGGAAUCUUGCCCUUACAAUCACAACCAUGACUUUGAUUCAUUUUUUUUUACUAUUUAUUUUAUUUUAUUUCAGAUCUGUUACAAAAUCCUCUCUUAUUUUGAACGAUAUAUGCUUUUAAUAUGUAUUUAUUUAUUUAUUUAUAUUGUUAUUUAUUUAAAUAUUGUUAUUAUGUAACAUGUAGGAAUGUAUUCUUAUUCUAUUUUUUUUAUUUAUAUGUGAGCAGAGGGAGUCUUACGUUUGCAUACAAUGUAUGCUUUUGUUAAUCUUCAUUUUGAAGAGUGGAGAGUAUGCAACCAUUUCAAACUGUUAAAAUGUCAUAUGGAGGUGUGUUCAAUAACACAUUUCCCAUUCACCCUAGCGGAAACAAUAAAAAUACAAUGGGCAUUAUUCUCAAACAGGAUUAUUCAUUAAGGUGAGAAUUCAAAGAGAAUUUCAAAUUCAUGGUAAAAAAUAGACAGACUGGAAUAACUCUCAAAUAUGUCAAAUAUGCUUGCAGUUCAUCUACCUUGGCCUUAAAUUUAAAUUCACUUUGAAUUUCCAGUUUAGAGAAUAAGACUGAGAGAGUCAAAUACUAGCUGGGGAUGAUGGGAAUUGGAGUGCACUUUCUUGGUCUUAACAUUUUUUUCACUCUUGAAAUAGUCUUUACAAAAAUAAUUCUUUAGAAUUACUAAUUAAUCUCUCAUGAGAUGAGACGAACUAACAAUGAAAGUCCUGCCUCGAAAUUAUGUUGUCAAAUAACACUAGGAGACUCCGUGACCUCUGCUAAUGACCUUGGAACUCAGGGCUUAAAUGUCCUCUCUGUUUUUGGAAUGUAUUUAAAUUUGAAUGUAUUUGAUUUAAUCUCUUAAUGUUAAACCGUUAAACCUCCUAUGGGGGGAAUUAGAUUGGGAAACGGAAAAAUGUUCUCACGUGUAUGUAUUUUAUCAUACAGAUAUAAUAAAUUAUAAAAUUACAUUUUUUUGGUGCAUGCGAUUUUUCUUAUUUUAUAUCAUCUAAUCUUGACGUAACUGCAUGUGUUUAAAUACUGCACUAUAGAAGUUCCGAGAUGUUUAGUUUUUUUGAAUGCAACACUAUGCCUACCUAUCUAUGCCUUUUGACUUACCAAAGUUACUUCCCAUUCUAAUCCAUGUAUCCAGUCAUGUGCUCACCGUCUUUUCAUAUCCUGAAAAUAUAUGCAAUGAUGAGACAGCGGAGUGAUUUGUGCUCUUGUUAUCAUAUCUUGAGUACAUGGUCAAGCCUCAUGAAUGCAGGAUGGAUUCCCAGCAUAAUCAUCUCUGCCUUUCAUUCCUCUGACAUAUCUCCCAAGUCCAACUCCCUCUGUCAAUCUUAUCCAUCCGAAUGUCCAUCUUUUCUAGGAGCUCCAUAUUGUUGGUGUGUGUCUUAGUGUAUGACGGAGCUCCACAGCAAUAAUACUCCCAGUAAUGUGUCUGAGUGUAUAACAGAGCUCCACAGCAAUAAUACUCCCAGUAAUGUGUCUGAGUGUAUAACAGAGCUCCACAGCAAUAAUACUCCCAGUAAUGUGUCUGAGUGUAUAACAGAGCUCCACAGCAAUAAUAUUCCCAGUAAUGUGUCUGAGUGUAUAACAGAGCUCCACAGCAAUAAUAUUCCCAGUAAUGUGUCUGAGUGUAUAACAGAGCUCCACAGCAAUAAUAUUCCCAGUAAUGUGUCUGAGUGUAUAACAGAGCUCCACAGCAAUAAUACUCCCAGUAAUGUGUCUGAGUGUAUAACAGAGCUCCACAGCAAUAAUACUCCCAGUAAUGUGUCUGAGUGUAUAACAGAGCUCCACAGCAAUAAUACUCCCAGUAAUGUGUCUGAGUGUAUAACAGAGCCCACAGCAAUAAUACUCCCAGUAAUGUGUCUGAGUGUAUAACAGAGCUCCACAGCAAUAAUACCCCAGUAAUGUGUCUGAGUGUAUAACAGAGCUCCACAGCAAUAAUACUCCCAGUAAUGUGUCUGAGUGUAUAACAGAGCUCCACAGCAAUAAUACCCCCAGUAAUGUGUGUGUGUGUAUCACAGAGCUCUACAGCAAUAAUACUCCCAGUAAUGUGUCUGAGUGUAUGACGGAGAUCCACAGCAAUAAUACUCCCAGUAAUGUGUCUGAGUGUAAAACAGAGCUCCACAGCAAUAAUACUCCCAGUAAUGUGUCUGAGUGUAUAACAGAGCUCCCCAGCAAUAAUACUCCCAGUAAUGUGUCUGAGUGUAUAACGGAGCUCCACAGCAAUAAUACUCCCAGUAAUGUGUCUGAGUGUAUAACAGAGCUCCACAGCAAUAAUAUUCCCAGUAAUGCGUCUCAGUGUAUAACAGAGCCCCACAGCAAUAAUACUCCCAGUAAUGUGUCUGAGUGCAUAACAGAGCUCCACAGCAAUAAUACUCCCAGUAAUGUGUCUGUAUAACAGAGCUCCACAGCAAUAAUACUCCCAGUAAUGUGUCUGAGUGUAUAACAGAGCCACACAGCAAUAAUACUCCCAGUAAUGUGUCUGAGUGUAUAAUAGAGCUCCACAGCAAUAAUACUCCCAGUAAUGUGUCUGAGUGUAUAACAGAGCUCCACAGCAAUAAUACUCCUAGUAAUGUGUCUGAGUGUAUAACAGAGCCCCACAGCAAUAAAACUCCCAGUAAUGUGUCUGAGUGUAUAACAGAGCUCCACAGCAAUAAUACUCCCAGUAAUGUGUCUGAGUGUAAAACAGAGCUCCACAGCAAUAAUACUCCCAGUAAUGUGUCUGAGUGUAUAACAGAGCUCCACAGUAACAAUACUCCCAGUAAUGUGUCUGAGUGUAUAACAGAGCUCCACAGUAACAAUACUCCCAGUAAUGUGUCUGAGUGUAUAACAGAGCUCCACAGCAAUAAUACUCCCAGUAAUGUGUCUGAGUGUAUAACAGAGCUCCACAGCAAUAAUACUCCCAGUAAUGUGAGUGUAUAACAGAGCUCCACAGCAAUAAUACUCCCAGUAAUGUGUCUGAGUGUAUAACAGAGGUGGACAGCAAUAACACUCCCAGUAAUGAUUGAAAUGUCUCAGAACAGCACUGACCCACAUACCUAAAAUUAAAGUGUCCCCUCUUUGUCUAUUUGAGAUGUCUGCAUGUACAUUCUGAGGUUAAUACCAGCAGUACUAUUGAGCUGGGAGACAAUAACAUGUGUUCUCCAAGAUAAAUUUAAGAUUAAAAGCCAAAUGUAUCAAAUGUACCCAGAAAUACUUUGUUGCAACUAUUAUUGGAUACAGAGCAUUCUUUAAUGUCAUUUCAGAUUGUGAUCAUCCUCAAGUUCCCCGGCCUCAUGCUCUCAUUCCCAGCUCCCUUACAACCAAUCAAGCUUUUGUGAUCAGGCCACCGCCCCAUCCCAGCUCCAUUACAACCGAUCAAGCUUCAGUGAUCAUACCACCGCCCCAUCCCAGCUCCCUUACAACCAAUCAAGCUUCAGUGAUCAGGCCACCGCCCCAUCCCAGCUAAAUUACAACCAAUCAAGCUUCAGUGAUCAGGCCACCGCCCCAUCCCAGCUCCCUUACAACCAAUCAAGCUUCAGUGAUCAGGCCACCGCCCUUACAACCAAUCAAGCUUCAGUGAUCAGGCCACCGCCCCAUCCCAGCUCCCUUACAACCAAUCAAGCUUCAGUGAUCAAGCCACCGCCCCAUCCCAGCUCCCUUACAACCAAUCAAGCUUCAGUGAUCAGGCCACCGCCCCAUCCCAGCUCCAUUACAACCAAUCAAGCUUCAGUGAUCAGGCCACCGCCCCAUCCCAGCUCCCUUACAGCCAAUCAAGCUUCAGUGAUUAGGAUCCUUCUCCCUCAGAUCCAUUCCUCCUUGCGAGUUUCGUUUUUUCUGGGUGAAAGCAAAUUGUUUGCCAUCAGGCUUAUCCCAGAGAAUGGGCUGUGGAUCAUUUUCCUACUUAGUUACAGUACUCUUCUCUAUCAUAUAAAUCCAAAUUUCCUUCUUUUAUUUUCUGUUCUCAACUCUUUUAUGCCUUUCUCCAUUCUACAACCACAUGUGUCUGUUUCACUCUGCAUCCCUCCAUCUCUCACAACCUUUCUUCAGGAACUCUUUGAUAACCAUCUCCUUUACCCUGUAUCUCGCGUCCAUCAAAAAUAA